UCAGAUCAGGUCGGAUAAAUAAUAGAACUGUCAUCGGCAUUCGGCAUAAUAUAUCGCCGAUUUAGUUUAUUUGCAAUUUUUUUAUUUGACUACAAUUUAAUUUAAUUAAUAUGAAGUAUAUAUCUGUUAGUUUGAUAGUAACUUUAAUUUUUAGUUUCUAUGUCAUAAAUACUAUUUGGACACUGGCUGAGAUAUUCAUACCGCCAAAAUGCAGUCGUGGCGAAAGAUGUUUAGAAUCAUAUCUAUCUUCGAAUCCAGUACAACAUCUUAUUUUAUACACCUCGAUGAAGGAAUACCCAUCACUUGAUGGGACAUCCCUGGAAUCUGUCACAAAAGUUCAUACGACCAUGAAUUUUGAUUAUCGGAGUUCAGCUACUUUUGAAAUAAAUUUAAAGGUCCCUCGAAAAACUCGCAAUAAUGGAACACUAUUUAUGCAUGCGGUGUUGUUAGAAGACAGCCGGCUUUAUAGAGAUUUUGAUGAAAUACGCAGAGUUGAAGCUGUGCAUACCCUUCCUUUGGUAACACAUAUUGAGCCUCAAGCUGAAACAUUCAAAUUGCUACAGCAAAAAGUGGCUGACACAAAGACCAAAGAUGUUAAAGUUCGUCCGUUUGCACACAUAACAACAAUAGUACCUUUGGCAAUACUGACAGACAAAUUAGACCUUCCUGCUAAUAAAAUUCCUGGCGAGUUGUACCACUAUAUGAGAAUAAGAGGUGGCAAGUUCCUGCCAAUAAUUCAGCACAAUGUGUUAAAGUCUCGAAUUUCGAAUCUCCAGUUGCUCAACAUUAGUACCACAGAUGUGAACAUGACUGUUAGUGUGGCACCUACUUCCUAUGGGUCCCUUCGCCUGGCGCUUCACGUAAGACUCGCAUUGGAGCAACUGAAUGUGCUAGGGUUUAGUGCCAAGGACAUUGAUGAUGUAAAAGGAAUAUUUGCUGAUACAAAUCUGUACUUGCUGUCGGCUACAGUGUUGAUAGCUAGUUGUCAUUUGCUAUUCGACUUCCUGGCGUUCAAAAACGACGUUUCGUUCUGGCGUCGCAAGCGUUCCCUGGCGGGUCUCUCGACUCGCACGGUGCUAUGGCGUGCGUUCUCUCAGACCGUCAUCUUCUUCUACUUGAUGGAUGAGCAGACAUCCAUGCUGGUCCUCGUGCCGGCUGGUAUCAGUGCUGUCAUUGAGCUAUGGAAAGUGACGAAGGUGCUCCACCUGCGGAUAUCGUUCUCCGGGUGGAGGCCGCGCGUGUGGCGCGCCGCGGGCGACGCGGCGGAGCGCAGCACGGCGCGCGCCGACGCCGAGGCCAUGAGGUACCUCUCCAUGCUGCUGUAUCCGCUCUGUGUGGCCGGCGCCGUGUAUUCCCUUGUGUUCGAACCGCACAAGAGUUGGUACUCCUGGGCUCUGCACAGCAUAGUGAACGGAGUGUACGGAUUCGGUUUCCUCUUCAUGUUGCCGCAACUGUUCGUCAACUAUCGCUUACGAUCCGUCGCCGCGUUGCCGUGGCGGGCGUUCAUGUACAAGGCGUUCAACACGUUCAUUGACGAUGUGUUCGCGUUCAUCAUCACUAUGCCGACUGCUCAUAGAGUGGCUUGCUUCAGGGACGACCUCGUGUUUCUGGUCUACUUGUAUCAAAGAUGGUUAUAUCCAGUGGAUAAGUCCCGAACUGAUUCUGCCACCAGUAUGGACGAAAACCCUGAGGAACUUGAGCCGCUUAAAGAAAAAGAGGAAUAAGUCUACUGCCUCAUAUGGUUUAUUCUUAAUAUCAUAUGCCAAUUACGUUAUAGAUUUAAUUUUAUGUUGAUUUUGCUUCUAGUGACAAUCGGUGUUGAGGUUGUAUGGGAUUAUUUUAGAUAACAUUCCAAAAUGCAUUUCAUUAUGCUCGUGCAAAUUUAAGCCCUCAAUUUCCAGCGAGGCUUACAUAAUAACCUUUUGUCUAGCAAUUAGAAUUUCGGAUGUAAAGUUCAAAUUGGUAACAGUUGUUGUCGGAAUUGGACAACCUAAUAAGUGGUAACCAAAGCUUGGAAAGCAAUAUUGAUAUCAGGUCAGGUGUGUUAGUUUUUGUUUUGUUUAUUUCACUUUCUAGUUCUAGCAAGGUGUUGUUACUUAUUCGUUAAAUCGCUAGUUCUGUAGAAGUAAGCUAGUGGUAGCUUGUAAAGUUAUCAAUUAUCACAAACUAUUGCCUGUGGUUCCACUCGCAUAAACUUGUUGAAAAUCUAAUUUGAUAAUUGAAUAGUUCUACAUAAAUUCAAUUUCCAUAAUAUUUAAUUUAUAUUAUCAAAAAGAGGAGUAUAUGAUAAAUCAGAUUUUUUGUUGGUUUUAUUUAGCUUGACAUCGUCAUCGUCGCACAAAUUUAGUUAAUAUAACGAUGCCGUACGGAAAAUUAAAACACCAGUAUUUCAUUAGCUAUCUUACUGUUUUCAAGGAGUUUGGGUAAAAUUUCAACUUUUGGUCGUAUGUUAUUUAGAUUUUCAAAACUUAAAUAAAAUACAAGUUGAACUUGGGGUUUGUUGUUGGGAUUUAAUUUGAUUGUUUUACGCUCUAAUAAUAAUGCCCAGUAGCGAAUUAAAAUGGUAAUUACAAGGAAGAUUAGUGUCUUCCCUGCAUAAUACAGGGUUACUUUUCUCUCUACUUCUUUGUUGUAUGUUCCGUUCCUUAUGCAAAUACUGAAAAUAUAUAAUAAUAAAUAGGUAAUUUAUAACAUUUUGAGGUAAAUUAUGGUUAGGAUGCAUAAAUAUUUCAAAAGAUAGAUUCAUUAGAUGUUUAAAAAAGGGUGACGCAACCAAUUCUAUGGCGGCGGCCAAAGAAUAAAAGAGAUCUUUGAAGCGGAAUGACACGAAUCACUUUAGGUCCUUUUUAUAAUAUCAGUCUAUGGACUGUAUACUGUAUAGUAAUUGUUAAUUAAUUGUGUGUAUAUUUUGGUAGACGUAAAAUUGUUUGUUAUAAUAUUUGAAAUAUUUAAAAAAUACAUACUUACAUAUUAUUUAUUUUCUUUUCAUAUAUUUAGGUUUUCCAAGCAGACUUAAUUUACGACUGCCAUGUAGAUGUUCCCCAAGCGUAUUUUGAAAGGUGAAAGGUAAAAGGAAUAGCAAUGCUAACUUUUAGAACUUAUUAUUUAUAUUUUUAAAUUGCAUCGAGGUAUUUUUCUGGUCUUUAGGUGUAUUUAGUGAAAAUAUAUAUUCUCAUUCUGAAGAAUAGUUAAAUAUUUGUAUAAUGAUUGUAAUUACUUACUAUUUUAUUAAUUAAUUGCAAUAUGUCAGGUUCUAUUUGAGUUCUAUUCAUGACAAAAUUUGAUAAAAUAAGGUAUGUGCUUUUAUUAUAGAUUUGCUUUUAGAUUUAGAAACGAAAAAUAUGUACGUCGCUGAAAAGUGGUUUAAAAAGCUAAAUACCGCCGUGAUAUUAAAAUAACUCUAGAAACUAAUUAUUUAACAUGCAACAAAUAAAAAUUUCGCCUGUUGACGCCAUUUAGUACACAAAACGAAACUAGCGCCGCCUUGUGACUCGGAUGUAUAGUUAUUUUAAUAUGAUAGCGGCUUUUCAGUCUCUUGCUUCAUUCAAACGUCUAGCUGUUUAAUUGUGUAAAAAAUAGCUAUUUUUAACCGCUUUGCUGCAAUAUUUUCGUUAAUGUUUUCAAAUCAUUAUACAUAUUAGUUUUUUAUCAUCGAUUAAUUUCUAAGUUACGUACUAAAAUGUCCUUCUUUAAUAAAUGCAAUUCAUAGAGGCUGUUUUUGGUGCUAAUGUAUAUGCGCCAAACUUACUUUGAUGAUUCUGAUUAAAUAUGUAGUAAAGAAUAUAAGUGAAAUAGAGUUCUAAAAUUAUUUUCAAUAAGAUGUUAAAAAUAAUUGCUUCUUUCCACAGUUCAGGUUUUUUUUCGGCGUUGAGUUGAUGGGGUUUUUUGGGUUGUGGUGUUUGAUCCGUCCAAAUCAAACUCUUUUUUUCUACUUCAUCGCAGCUGAAAUAAUACUACUUACUGGCUGAUUUUUUAAUGUUAGUUUUUUGCAAGAGUUGCAAUUUUUGUUCUAACCGUUCAAUAUUUAUACCAUUGUCUACAUAGAAAGUGCUUAGGUAGAUGUAUCGAAGGUUUUCUAUGUGACCUACUGUUCAGUAAUGCAAAUAGGUUAAAGAACAAUGUUUGAUCAGUUUGGAUCUCUACAUAUUUGGGUUUUAUUAACUAAUAAUAUAAUUAUAAAUUCGAAAGUGUUUUAAAUGAAUUAUAACUUUAAUUAAAAAAUCAUUGAUAUAAAAGUGUAAUAAAUAUAAUAUGCGCUGUACUGAGACAACGACUGCAUUUAUUAUAUAAAGUAUUUGAUGUGUACACAAUAUUAUAUAUUAUUGUUUUCUGAGGUGAGCUAGUUCUAGUGCAUUUAUUGACAUUUUAAGCAAAAGAUAUUUGUUAUGAAAAAAAAGAGAUUCUAAUGAAAAUUAUUUGUCAUGUUUGUUUUCUGAUAAUGUGAUUGAACCAAUAUUUAUGUUAAUACAUACAAUAGCACAUUACGAUGUGAUUAGCCCAAUUUAUCGCAUAUUUGUAUAUUUUCCUGCGUCAUAACGCCCGCCUACAUACGGAUAAUUACAUUUUGAAUAAAGAACACACUAAAUUCUUAUAACUUAUGGACAAAAUACAUAGUCCUUGCGGAUUUCUGAAUAAAAUUCCGUAUAUUCGUGGUAGACUUGAAGCUCUGAAAAUGAAUUAUGCUGUGCCUUGUCACACAUUAUAUAGAAGAACAUCACAAAUAAAAGACUUCAGUUUUUUAUUUAUAUUUAAUGUAUAAAAAUAAAAUAGCUAGGAUAUUAUGUUAAACUGACUAUAGAAGAACGUAAAUAUAAAGCAAUAUAAUGUACUAUUUUAAA